UGUCGUUAACGUCGUCUGCUGUUUCACAUGUUGACAUGUGAGAAUUUAGUCACAUCGUAACUGUUUUCUUCCAUUUAACAAUGUCACAAAACUCACAAUACAAAGAGGAGCAAUUGGGCGAGAUUUUCUCCUUGGAAUCCAUUUACCCUGAUGAAUUGGAGGUUCUGGAAGAGGAACCAUUUCACCAGUUUAAACUACACGUGAAAUCGGAAGGUCACGAUGAAGAAGAAGGAAUUGGUUAUGCAUGCGAUUUAAAAUUCACUUACACUCCAACAUACCCAGAAGAGAUUCCAGUGAUUGAGAUAAUGGAUGACAUAGGGUUGGAUGACGAGCAGUUAGAAAGGCUAAAAGACCGACUUGAAAAGGAAGCAGAAGACAAUCUAGGCAUGGUGAUGAUCUUUUCAUUAGUUUCAACUGCCAACGAAUGGCUGAAUAAUGAAUGGGAUGCUGAGCUUCGUCGUCGGGAUGAGGAAGCGGAACGUAAAAUUCUUGAAGCAGAAGAAGCAGAGAGCAAAAAGUGUCAUGGCACUGCAGUUACUGUGGAGAAUUUUCUGCGGUGGAAAGCAGAGUUUGAUGCUGAGAUUGCGUUGCUGAAGAAACCAGAGAAAGAAGACAAAGACAAGAAGCUCACCGGGAGGGAAUUGUUCAUGGUUGACAAGUCAUUGAUUGAAUCAGACUUGAAGUUUUUGGAAGAGGGUGGAGAGUUUGUCAAUGUGGAUGAAUCACUUUUCCAAGACUUGGAAGAUUUAGGCUUAGAUGAUGAGCUCGUAUCUGAUGGUAGUGAUUAAAAUAUAAUGAAACCAGCUA